CCCAAAAAGUAGAAAACAGAUUGGGACUUAGUAUCUGUCCCCCAUAUUCUGUCCGUCUGUGUGUUGGCCAGGUUGAAGGCAGUCAGCAUGUACACCCAUCUUCUUCAUUGUUUCCCUUCUUGCCAAACACAAACAGCACGAUGCUUUCCUGCUCCUGCCAUCUAACACACACUCCUUUCUCUAAGGCUUGGGCUAAAUGUUGUCUUCAAGGAUUGUUCAUUUACUUAGUGUCUCAUUUUGGUCGAAGACUUUGUUCUAAGACUCUGGUUUUGCUUCUAGGUUGUUCUUUCUAGCACCAUGGUAAGCUCUUUGAGGACAGGGAUGGAUUGGGUUAUGACUGUAAAUUAGACAGGGUAGCUCAUGCUGCUCUGUGGCUGGCGUUCCUUUUACCAUCCCCAUAGCCCUAGUAUAUUUGGAUGUUUACCCACACUCUUACUUUCUGUUACAGCAGAAGAAUGGAAGUUACUGUAAUGUGAUGUUAGAGAUUGUUAAAGCCACACCACAGUGUUUCCUGACUCCCGAUACAGCAUGUUAAAAAAUAAGGAUCGUUCAUCUAAAAAAGGUAACUUAGCAGUCACUGCAGUUGCCUUACAGGACCACCUAUUACAUGAUCUUCAACUUGGACAUCUCUCGGUAGCAGAUCCUUAUAAGAUAAAAGCACAAAAGAAAGAGAACAAAUCAAAAGCUCUCAAAAGAGAUGCAACAGCCAUGAUAGAUACUGGACUUAGAAAAACUGCAGAGCGUUCUAAUGUGGAAGAUCCAGAAAGGGAAUAUGUUCUAGACCCCACACCACCACCAUUGACUUUAGCCCAGAAACUAGGCCUCUUGGCACCUCCCCCAUUGCCACUGUCAUCAGAUGAAUGGGAGAGAGUGAAGCAGAGACCCCUUCUACAAGGGGACUCCAUGCAGCCAUGCCCAAUAUGUAAAGAAGAAUUUGAGCUCCAGCCCCAGGUGCUGCUCUCCUGCUCACAUGUAUUCCACAGGGCAUGCCUUCAGGCUUUUGAAAAGUUCACAAAUAAAAAAACCUGUCCCCUCUGUAGAAAGAACCAAUAUCAAACAAGAGUGAUACAUGAUGGGGCUCGCCUGUUCAGAGUAAAGUGUGCCACCAGAAUCCAAGCUUAUUGGCGAGGGUACAUCGUUAGAAAGUGGUACAGAAACCUGAGGAAAAUGGUCCCACCUUCGGAUGCCAAAUUAAGGAGAAAGUUCUUUGAGGAAAAGUUCACAGAAAUCAGCCACCGAAUCCUGUGCUCAUACAACACCAACAUAGAUGAACUCUUCUCAGAAAUUGAUGUCUGCUUGGCGGUAAAUCGUAGCAUUCUUCAGCAGCUAGAUGAAAGGUGUGGCCAGAUAAUCACUGAGGAGGACUGGGAGAAAAUCCAAGCCCAGGCUGUUCACCAUGAGAUCUAUGAAUGUUCCAUCUGCUUGACUCCACUCUCCUUUCAUGGCGAUGGCCGACAAGCAGCCACAGGGACCAGCAGCCAGCGUCCCAGAGAGACAGUCCUCCUGUCCUGUGCACAUCUGUUCCACAAUGCCUGCCUCCUGGCCUUGGAGGAGUUUUCUUUAGGAGACAAUGCCCCUUUCCAUGUCUGUCCUCUCUGUCGCUCCUGCUACCAAAAGAAAAUUGUUGAAUGGUGAAUUCAUGUCCAGGAAGUUAAAUCUGUGACUAGAACAAGAAAGGGGUAAAGGCCACCUUGCUUUUGGAUGAGCUACAUGGGUUUGGGCUAGAGGACUACACUGCUGACUGUUCUUUGUAAUUAUAUAGAGAAAAUAUAAAUGCCU